AAAAUCCACCAUCCCGGCCCUGUGCCGCAAAAGAGCCCUCGCCAUGGGAGCGGAACAUUUGCCACGGCCCUCGGCCAUGGCUCCGCUGCUACCCCAUGAGAUGGAACACAUCCGCAAGGUCUAUGACGAGGAUGUGUCGAGCAAGAAAUUUGCUUCGAUCGUCUCUCCUAGGGAGGAUGCGCAGAUGUUCCGUUCGGGGGAACAACGCAGCGUGCCCUGCGAGUGCAUCGUGGAGCUCUACGAGCUCCUUUGGAGAUGGGGCCAUCGGAAAAAGAACCGCUUUGCGGAGAACUUCGGCUUCACGAUCCCUGACACCGUGGUGAUCGCCAAGGGCCGGCCCUAUGCUUGGUACUUCGUGAGUCGGAAGGACGGGUCUUUGUUGCGAAAGAGCGAAGGGAACCUGAGCCUUUCCGCGCUGGAACGAAAGCUUGUGGGAGACCGUGACAAGGACGGUCGGGAGAGUGCGCAACCUUGUGCCAUUUGGCUGCCUAUGGCCUCGCAAUUUCCGGAGUCUCGGAGCCCCACGCCCUAUGCUGAGUUCCUGUCGGUCAAAGGAUUGCAGGAGUUCAUUAUGUUACUGAGGGAAAGACACUCUGGCAUCAUCCAAGCUUUCGUGCAGCCCUUUGGAGUCUCGAACUCCUUGGUGCGAACGGUGGAGUUUCGGCGCCAGACCUCCCUCUGUUUGCGAACCAAUCGGUCCCUGUUGGCUGCAGGUGGCAACAUCUUCGACCGCUGUGCCACCUUUGAGGGCUGGGAAGGCCUUUCCAGUGUGAGUAGCCGCUAUCGGAAUCAUCGGCAUCCACAUAUGGAGGAUGUGAUCUUAGCGACCAGCGAAACCUUGAAUCGACGCAUCGAGCAAGAACGAGUGAGGCAGAUGUUAUUCUUAGGGCCUCACCAGCACGUGGCGCUCCACUUCAAGGUGGCAGCAGAUGGCGUGCUGAACUUCAUCUUUGCUUCCAUCGUCUCCGAAAAGGACGUGAUCCUCCAGACGAGGUACCAUUUGAUCAUGGCGGAUCCCUGCAUGACAGAGGAACUGAAUGGUGCUGCCCUGUUGCCUGGAGGUACCACGCGGAAGGCGCAGCCUCAUGAGGCGCCCAGUUGCUACUCCGCUCGCGGUGUGCGAGGCAAUGGGGCUGGGAACUUGGAGGAGGUCGCCGCCAAGAAGGCGCGGCCUGACUCGCUUCCUCCCAUUGAGCUUCGGCGGAGAGACAAGAGCCACAGUGAGAGCCAGGAAGGUUCUCAGCAUGGACUACUGCCUAGGAUGGGGUACGAGCCACCAGCGGUUCCAGAGGUGCCCUAUCGCACACUGGACCUGCCACGCACGGUGGAGGACUACGAGCGCUUCGCUGCGCACGACAAUGGGGAGUUCUCGGAUCUCUGCAAGAGGCCCUUGGUGGUACAUCCCCUCACCGAAAGGAGCGAGAGGACACAGAGUCAGUGAGAGAUGCCGUUGGUUUCACCUCGGUGGCUGCAAUGAAAAUGGUUGCGGCCCCCACGAAGACGGCUCCACUGUGGUUGUGCUUGGGGCAUGGCUCAGAUGACACCCGUCGUUGCC